AAACGGAAGAGCUGAGGCGCAGAUACAAGAACAACAGAGGAAUCCUCAUCAUGCAGAAUAAAGAGAACAGGGAACCCAGAGCUCUGCAAACACAGGCUGCUGGUGAGAUGAAUCCAGACACACACACUGUUUCAGGUCCUGGGAGAGUUCCAGUCAAGUCGAGCUCAAAGAAGUUCUGCAUAAAAGACUUCGACAUCGGGCGUCCGCUGGGAAAGGGCAAGUUUGGGAACGUGUAUCUGGCGAGAGAGCGUAAGCUGAAGGCCGUCGUGGCGCUGAAGGUCCUGUUCAAAUCUCAGAUGGAGAAGGAAGGAGUGGAGCAUCAGCUGAGGAGAGAGAUCGAGAUCCAGUCGCACCUCAGGCAUCCAAACAUCCUGCAGUUCUACAACUACUUCUUCGACGACUCGCGUGUGUAUCUGAUUCUGGAGUACGCGCCGCGCGGAGAGAUGUACAAGGAGCUCCAGCGCUGCGGACGCUUCGAUGACCAGCGCACCGCCACCUACAUGGAGGAGCUGGCGGACGCGCUGAACUACUGCCACGAGAAGAAGGUGAUCCACCGAGACAUCAAGCCGGAGAACCUCCUGCUGGGCUUCAGAGGAGAGCUCAAGAUCGCAGACUUCGGCUGGUCCGUCCAUGCGCCGUCGCUACGACGCCGCACCAUGUGUGGCACGCUGGACUACCUCCCGCCGGAGAUGAUCGAGGGACACACACACGAUGAGAAGGUGGACCUGUGGUGUAUCGGGGUGCUGUGCUACGAGUGUCUGGUGGGAAACCCUCCGUUCGAGACGGCCAGCCACACCGAGACCUACAAGCGCAUCACCAAGGUGGAUCUGCAGUUUCCUAAAGUGGUUUCUGACGGCGCUCGUGACCUGAUCUCGAAGCUGCUCCGCCACAGUCCCUCCAUGCGUCUGCCGCUCAGGAGUGUGAUCGAGCACCCGUGGGUGAAGGCCAACUCACGCAGAGUCCUGCCGCCCGUCUGCAACACACAGGCCGGCGCACACCACUGAUGACAUCAGCACACGGACCUGUUGGAGAC